AUGCACAAUAUUCAUGAUGAAAGCCCUCAGACAACAGCUCGGGCUGUUCUUGCCUUCGAGCUUGCCAGGACUUGGUGGAGCCCACACCUUGCCUGGGGCAGGGCAACCCUCAACUUGUAUGUUGAGGAUAAACUUCAUAAAGCUACUCCUGGUGGAACUGGAGGUGUCAAGUCUAUCACCAACCACUCACCGGCGGCAAGCUCUUCAUUCAUGCAGGUCAUCAGUUUUUCUGUUGGCUUUGAUGGGCUGGGCUGGGCCUAUGCUCCAUUACCAACCCAAAAUAAAGCUAACCUUGCAACCCAUGAUUAA